AUGGGUACAACGACCAAUUCAUUUCCGUCCGUCGAUAUUGAUUCUCUUUUCGGGCAAAGCCCAUCGCACGUUUUGGCUGAGAAUCCCAUAGACCUAGCACGAGAUUGGGAUAUGCCAACAACGAGCGAUUUCACUGGAAAUUCGAAUGGAAGCUCAUAUGAUGACUUGGAGCUCGGACAGACUGCUGAUAAAAAUAAUAUCUCUGAUUUAAUGAGAAUACCUGAGAGCAUUGCGGAUGUCAGCUUGUCACAUGACUCGACGGAGUGGUCGUCUCUUGUUUCUCGGUACUUCCACAUGAUUGAAGAUCCACCAUUACUUCCAUCGCUGGAAAACGAAGCCACGACACUAGUCCAAUACUACUUCCGUGAUACGUGCGCAACGUGGUCAUGUUUCGACUCGGAGAAGAACCCAUUCCGGACCGCCAUUGAGGUUCUUUGGCAAAAGUCCCCUCUAAUUUACUAUGCCAUCCAAAGCAACGCAGCUGCCCACCUCUCCAAUCAGAUUUCCAGCAUGCAAGUCACGGCUUCCAAGAUGCGAGAAAAGGCACAUGCUGCGUUCCUCGAAGAGCUGCUUAAUGCUUCAAAUACGCACUCAACGGGCGAUCAACUCCUCCUUGCAACGCUACUUCUGGGCGUGUCUGCCUCUUGGCACGAUAGUAGUGACCUGGGUCUGUCUUAUUUGAGCAUUGCUAGAUCCCUUAUACGUGCAAGGGUAGUGAGUCAAGGCCUGGAGCACCAUCAACCACCUAAUCAGAACUUCAGAUUUUUCCUUGAAGCCUUGAUCUACUGGGAAAUGGUAGCGGCUUUUGUUUCUGGCGAAGGGUUGAGAUCCGCAUUGACAUUGACAGCGGACACGGGUACCUUUCCUUGGGCUGGGCCCCUAGCUACCGCCGUGAUACCCCAUCCAUGGACUGGCAUUGCGCCUCGAGUAAUGUUACUCUUUGCUGAGGUCGGGCGUCUUGUGCAAGACCACACGAUAUCAGCUGGACAAGCGGGGGCAGAUUUGGACCUGGUGGCUUCAGCCACGAAAUUGGAAGAGGAUCUCUUGUCCGUUUAUAUUCCCACGGAGGAUGAAAUUGCAGACGUACAUGAUGAGUUUACCCGCAAAAAUGACUUCAUAGUCUCAGCUGAAGCUACUCGAUGCGCAGCACUACUUCAGAUAUAUCGUGUCUUUCCCGGUGUCCUUCAAUGGAGACUGAACGCGGGGAAUUUAGGAAUUUUCCCUCAUUUGGGCAUCGUUGAACCAAACAGCGGAAGCGAUAUGACCAGUUCCUGGCUCAUUGGCCUAGCAAUGCACGUCUUGAAUCUACUUGCAUCAGUCCCCACUUAUUCGGGUGUUCGAUGUGUCCAAUUACUCCCGCUUGCUACGGCCGCCUUUGAACUCCGUGCUACCAAUUCACACAGGGACGUGGAAAUAGCCAGAUUCCGUGAAUUUUCCAUGGGGAGACUACGGCUUUUGGCAGGCAGGCUACCGUCAAAGCCUAUCUCACGCGUCGCACAACUUUUAAAGGAAGUGUGGCGGAGGAAUGAUCAGGGCGAUCAUACUUUCUGGCUCAAUGUCAUGAUUGAUAAAAAUUGGAAGACCUUUCUAGGCUGA